AUGGGCCAGCAGUGUUCCAUCCCUGGAGCUGGGAGUAUCGAGAAUCUGCUUUCGCCUCGUCGCCAUGAGCCUGAGGUGCCGGACGUGGACGAUAUCUUGGUAGCGGACAAGGUCGACACGGAGGCUUUGUUCAGACGGUUGCAGGCAGUUGAAGGAGACCAGGCAGAGCAGGACAAGUUGUUUGAGAGGUUGCAGCAACAGGGAGCGUCGAUGAUAGCGACUGUUGAUUUCGAUGAGCCUGACACCGAUCGGAAGUUGCAGGUCCUGGAGUAUCUGAGAGCUCUGUUUGCUCUCCGCGUUUGGGAUGACAACGUUCGCCUCGUCAAAUCAGACGGCAGCCGUUUCUUCGUUUUCGCAAAAAGCGCAGGGGAAGCUCUCGAGGCGGCUUUCCUAAUGAGGAAACUGUUGGUCUCGUUCCACACCUGGGUCGGCGAUUUCCUCUCAGAUGGUGCGCAAGGCAGCGGGUCUGUCGGCUGCUCGCCUUGCUGCAGGGCGUCCAGGCGCAAUGGAAGGAAUCGGGGGGCUCUCCCGAAGGCAGCAACCCUGAAAGCCGGGAUCCACCACGGAAGCAUUCUCCUGAUUGAAGAGGAUCGGGACUGUUAUGGCACCCCCGUGAACGUGGCGUCGAAGAUCGGGGAGGAUCUCGCAUUGCCGGGCGAGAUCAUGGUCUCGGCGUCCUCCGCCCAGAAUGCAGAGGAUGCCCGCCUGCAGAGCUUGCUGAGCAGUCUUGUCUUGGAGCCGAAGCAGACAGAGAUAUCAGGGGUCUCCCUAGAUUACUGCCAGGUCACAGCCAAGAUUAGUAUCGAGGAUGGGGACGCUGUUGCAAUGCCAGCAACAGCAGAAGUCGAAGAGUUUCUCCGCGGCACUGGUUCCUCAGACCUGGUCGUGUCAGAGCUUGUCAUCAUGACCACAGACAUGAGCGGUUUCACCCGUCUCAGCAAGCAGUAUGGGAUUCUGCAUUUUCUCAGGCUUGUUUUCAAGGCGCGAGCCAUCAUACUACCAGCUCUUCAGAAGCAUGGUGGAUGGAAGAUCAAAUAUGAAGGAGACAAUAUCAUCGCAGCAUUUCCAGGUGUUGAUGACGCCAUCGCAUGUAUCCACGCAGUCGUGGAACAGGUGCGCGAAUACAACGUCACCCGCGAAAAGGAUUUUCAGAUACGGAUGGGUUUCGGAGUGGACGUCGGACAGGUUCAUUGCUCAGGGCACGACAUUUUCGGCAGCGCUUUCGAUUGUAGCUUCAAGCUGGCAGAGGACAUCGCAGAAGUUGGCGAGGUAUUGGUGACCGAGCGAGUCAAAGCAGCUGGCUGGCCCACAGUCCCGGGUUGCAAGCUGUCUGAUGGGAAGUUGUUGGAAGAAGGCAAUGUGAAGUUUUUUGCGCUGACAUUUCCUGCUUGA